UAUAAUUGACAGCUGCUGGCCGCCAUGUUGCAAAAUGUGAAUUUGACCAAUUUCAUUCACUUUUGUCGCUUGAGAUAAGGUUGUGCUUGUAGACGAUAAAAAAAUUGACUUUAUUUGUGUUCCUUACAAUAAAGAACGAUAUAAAUACAAAAGUUAGUGAAUGAAUAUGAGGUGACCCAUGUUAAAAACAAUUUAAAUGUCUGCGUACUUAUACCAUGAUUAAUCUUUUAGGGCAAGGCUCUUGUGUGUUUAUGUAAAUUAGCAUGGAUAAGUGUGAAGUGACGUAUCGACCAUCUAUUGACUACAACGUGCGGCGCUCCAGACGUGCAGACGGCCACUAGCGGUUCGAGGGAACAGUGUUGAACCGCUCUCGUUUUCGGCUGAUGGAAUAUUGUUAAAAAAAAUAUUAAACAUGGCUCCUAAGCCUCCUCCGUUGGGGCCUCCGCCGCCGCCUGGGCCGCCACCUCCUCCUAUGUUUGGAGGACCUCCGAAAGGUGGAGCCCCGGAUAACAGAGGUGCUUUACUUAGUUCGAUAAGGCAAGGGACAAAAUUGAAGAAAACUGUGACUGUUGACAAAAGUGGACCUUACAUACCGGGCAAAACACAAAGUUCGUCUAGCUCUUCAUCAAUUAAUAAUGAAGUGAAAAGUGUUGCACCAAUGCCCAAUGGUGGGGGAACUAUUGGGCCAGGUCUUGGUGGUUUGUUUGCCGGGGGAAUGCCAAAGCUCAGACCCACAGGAAAGUUGGCAGGUACAACAAUUAAUGGGCAAGUUAGAUCAGACGCGCCUCGAUCGCCUCUACAAAUACCACAGAAGCAUCAUUCCCAAGGGUCGUCGCCGGAGAAGACGAGACCCGGUCAACCAUCGCCCUUGCCCGGAAACAAGCUGAGCGCCAUCUCAGCGGCGCUGAACGAGGUCAUGGCCGCAAGAGAGUCGCAAGAGUCCCCCAGGGAAUAUAAUAGAGAUAACCCUCGAGUUAGGCGACAGCCCAGCGAGGUGAAGACUAGGGGCCCGCCGCCGCAGCCGCCGGUGCAGAAGCCCGCGAUGCCACUGAGUUCAUCAGACUCGGUGCUCACGUCGGGGGUGGAGGGCGGGGAGGCCGGGGCGCCGCCCCCGCUCGCCUCCACGCUGCACCGCAACAAGAGCUCGCUGCAUGCCACCUCACAAGCCUCGCUGGGAGGCAGCAUGACUUCGCUGACGUCAUCGCCGGCGCCGGGUCCCCCCGCCGCCUCCCUGUCGACAUCGGAUCUGUCGGAGCGCGCGCGGCCCAGCCACGGCAAGCCGAACGUGGCGCCCAAGCCGCCCGCGCCCUCGCCGCCGCCUAAAAAGCUCGUCACCAACGGCAAGUUGGCCGCGCGCGCCCAGAGCAUGAGGGUGCCCAGAUCUCCGCCGGUGUCGCCACCGUCACCGCCGGGUCUGACGCGCCCCCCGCAGCCACCCCCCGCGCAACCCCCACACAUCGCCACCAAGAACCCCGCCUCGCACUUUGGCACGCUGCGUGCUGUGCGCGCGCUGCGGCCGCCGGGCGUGUGCCCCCCGCCGCCCCCCGCCGCGCCGCCGGCACCCCCCGCGCCCCCCGCGCGUCACACCUCGCUGCACGCGCCCCCGCCCCCGCCCCCGCACCACCCUCCACAUCACCGUCAGAAUAGCACGUCGAGCAUUUCAAGCGGUGCGAGUGGUGUGAGUGUGGCGAGCGAGGCGGGCGCUCCGCCCCCUCCGGUGCGGGGCUCUUCGAUGCGCGCGGCGGAGCUGGAGGCGCGCUACGCAGACCUGUUCCGGCCCCCCACAGCCUUUCCCCCACCGCCGCCGUUCCUGCGCAUCGCCAAGGACUACAGCAGCGCCGCGCUCGCAGUGAACAAAGCGCAGGCGCCGCCGCCCCCGCUGCAGGUCCCUCUGGAGGGCUGGUCGGGCACCAGCAGCGCCUGCUAGCGAGCGCGGGGGGCGCCCGCCCCCGCCACCCCCCACUCCGCCUCCACCGCGCACCUCGUGCCCGACUCGCACCC